AUGGAUCUGGCUAAGAGUGGUGUUUUGAAUGAAGAGAUGAGAAGAAAGUCACAAGUAUUGUGGUCUAAAAGGGCGUAUAAAAAGUAUUGUCGAAAGUUGAAAAGUGACAACAAUAGUGACAAAGAUAAAGAAAAGAAGAAUGAUGAUCGUAAUGAUGCUGAUAAAGUUGUUACUAUCACAGAUGACUUCCUUAUUUUAUAUGAUGAUAAUAUUGUUAAUCUUACAUACCAUGAGACUAGUUGGAAUUCUGAUCAAAAACCCAAAAAAACAAAAGAAAAUUUCAAAUUCUCUCUGAAAUUUUGGAUAAUAAAUUCAAUGGCAGCAAUAGGAGGAAACCUGCCAGUGCCAGCACCGGCCAAUGCCUAUACGCCGGUGGCUAACCCCAUUGUGGUGAUUGGAGAACAGUUCCUAGCCACAUACCCCGUGGAACUUAAAAUACAACAGAAAGUAUUUACACUUGCAGAAAAUAACUUUAAUAUUACCGACGUUAAUGGUAACCCUAUUUUCAAGGUUAAAGGUAAACUGUUCAGCCUUCGUGAUCGUCGCGUUUUACUUGACGCCGCUGGAAAUCCUCUCGUCUCUCUCAAACAGAAGAUAUUGACAGUACAUAGGAGAUGGCAAGUUUUUAAAGGAGAAAGCAACAGCUCCGAUGAUUUGCUAUUCAGUGUGAAGAAAUCUUCUAUGCUCCAAUUCAAGACAACAUUAGACGUUUUCUUGGCAUCCAAUACCAGUGAAUCACAGCCUGAUUUCAGGAUCAAAGGGGGCUGGCAUGAGAGCAGUUGCACUAUUUAUGCUGGAGACACCAUAAUUGCAGAGAUGCAUAGAAAACACAACGUGAAAACCAUGGUAUUUGACACAGACACUUAUGGAGUUACUGCAUACCCUAAUGUUGAUUACGCAUUCAUUGUUGCUCUGGUGGUUGUUCUUGAUGAAAUCAAUGCUGAUCGUAGCGGCGAGGACUGAACAUACAACACCACUAUCCUCCUCCCUUUGUGAGGAAACCUUGCUGUAUAUGUAUCCACAUAUCAUUAU